UCAUCGUUCAUUCUUCAUCCAUACCCUAAGGUGCAAAAUUUCCCUUCCCCCACACCUCGCUCUCUAUUUAGUUAUUAUUAUGUCUACGUCGGUUCAACAAAAUCAUGCGUACCAAAUUAAUUUCUCCAGAAAAUUCCAUUUACAUCACCCCGAUUAAACCCAAAAAGAAAACUACUGCUACUAGUAUGAUCGUAUAAAUUACUAAUUAAUUUACUUGCAUAAAGCACUUAAUUACGAGUGACUGAAUUUUGGAUCAUUUGUUAGUGUUAGUGAGUUGCAAUUUAGCCAGGCAGGCAGAAAGCAAGCAAGAUUGAAAGGGGCCGCGCAUGUGUCCGGCUAGGUCUUACUGGUCAUCGGCCCUGAGUUCCAUCAGGUGGCCGGAAUUCGAUUUCUCCGUACCCGCUUCCAUCUUCAGAUGGGCUGCCGGAAUUGAUUUCUCCCACUUCACCACCGGUUGGUCCGCCUCUACCUUCCGCUGGCUGGAUUUUUCCAUAGUUGAUAACGCCAUGUGGACCGUAAUCACGGUGCUGGAGUCCGUAGCUCUGGUCACCAUGCUCUGCUAUUUCUUCAUCUUCUGCGGUUGUACUUUGUGAUUGUUUUAUUUCUUGAGAUUUUGUAUGGUAAUAACUUUUUAAAGAGUAGAAUAAUAAUAAUAAUAGCUAGCUAUUUUAAAUUAUUAGAUCAUUUAUUGUACACGACACACCUCUGGUGCUCAGUUGAUUACUCUUUAGUGCUUGCUAGCCUGAUGCUUCCAGGAGUUCUUCAGGAAGGAAGCCAUGGGUGAUACAGAAGGAGCAGUUUUUUGGGUUCCCAAUCAAGAAGCCAUUCAUUUUCGCCGCGUGAAUCCUCCUUUAACCUGCAAUUCAGGGCUGCAUAUAAAUCCUCGUCGGCCUCCAUUUUGGCCUGGAUUUAGUCCAGUUAAUCCGCUUUUAGUUGGCUUCCUUGAGUUGGGAUUUGACCCUGAUGUCUUAAUGAAAAUGGAGGUCCAGAGGUCAAUUUCCCUGCUUCAGUUCAUGGCUGAUGAGGGUCUGGUGCCGUCUCCUGAGGAAGAAAUCAAGAGAAGAAAUGUCAUUGCCAAGCUUAAACAGAUAGUGAUGCACUGGGUUAAAAGGGUUGCUUACCAGUGUCAACUUCCCAAGAAUCGAGUUAGAGCUGCUUCUGCUACAAUAUUGACAUUUGGAUCUUAUGGCCUUGGAGUCCAUAAUUCAGGUUCAGAUAUAGAUGCUUUAUGUGUAGGCCCAUAUUUUGCAACAAUGGCAGAGGACUUUUUCGUACUUCUUCACAAUAUGCUUGCAAGCAGACCUGAAGUGACUGAGAUACACUGUAUAAAGGAUGCAAAGGUUCCUCUAAUGAAGUUUAAGUUUGAUGGGCUUUCAAUUGAUUUGCCUUUUGCACAACUUAAAGUAAUCUCUGUUCCUGAGAAUGUGGAUCUACUUAAUCCAUUUUUUUUGAGGAACAUUGAUGACACAAGUUGGAGAAGUUUGUCUGGUGUACGUGCCAAUAAAAGUAUUCUUCAGCUCGCGCCAAACGUCGAGCUAUUUCAGUCGUUGCUGCGUUGUGUUAAAUUAUGGGCAAAAAGACGAGGAGUGUAUGGAAAUUUACAUGGAUUUUUUGGAGGUGUUCAUUUUGCAGUCCUUGCAGCAUUUGUUUGUCAAAGGCAUCCAAAUGCCAGUCUGAGUCUUCUGAUCUCAAUUUUUUUUAAGACGUUUGCCUUUUGGCCUUGGCCAAGACCCGUUUUUCUGCAUGGCCGCAUGAUGGCACCGACUAUUUCCAGUGACUCCCGGUUUUUGAUGCCUAUCCAAUUACCAUGUAGCCCAAAUGAAUAUUGCCAUUCUAACAUCACACGAAGCACGUUCUUCCGGAUUAGAACCGAGUUCCUUCGCGGACAUGCCUUGACUAAGGAUAUUCUAAGGCCCGAUUUCAGUUGGAGUAUCCUAUUUGAUCCUUUUCCAUAUGCAAAGAAAUAUGCUCAGUUUGUCAAAAUUUGCCUCUCAGCUUCUAAUCAAGAUGAGUUACGAGGAUGGGUGGGUUGGGUCAAAUCGCGCUUCCGCUCACUUCUUGUCAAGCUGGAAGAAUUACAGGGCUUUUGCGAUCCCAGCCCUUUAGAAUAUGUUGAUGUUGAUCUGGGUGCCCCAAAUGUUGUCUUUUAUUGGGGUUUGCAGCCCAGCAGGAGGGAUAUAAUAGACAUAGACUUUGUCGAUGAAGAUUUUAUGAAGAAUAUGAGCAAUGGUUAUCGGGUUCCUCCCGGAAGGAUGAAGUUGUCAGUUGUCAAAGCAUCUCAACUACCUAAAAGCGUUACGUGCAAUACUGGAAGUAAGGGAGUGAGGGCUCGCUGGAGGAUUUUAGAUAACAGCCAGCGAAAGAUCCCAGUUCGCACAAACUCACUACCUCAGGAGUUUGCUGGAUUGAUGGCGACCAAUGGAAGUGCAGAAUUCCCCAGUGCUGGGGUUUAGGCUGUAAGAAUGAAUAUUCAUUGUCUCAAGAUAUUAGUUCGAAGUGUGUACAGGCGUUCUACGUGUUUUUUAAGCUCACACAGCAUAGGAAAUACUGUACAUAACCUAGGGCCUAGGAGUUUACUUGAAUUUGUAUUAGCCACAGGGAUACUCUCGUCAACAUAAAAUGUUUUGUUUCUGCUCAA